CAAAAAGAUCUUCAUUGUCGGUCGGUCAUGUAACGGUCACGGUUUCUCUGUGAUAUUGCACUUCCACCACUACCAUACCCUCCUAUUUCACAAAACCCAUCCGCCGGAGAAUGAUCACCGGAAUCCCCCUUCCAAACAUCUUCUAAUCCACCCGGAAAACCAGUGCACCUCGUCGAUGGCAUCUCCUAUUAAACAUCAUGCGUCCCCGAAAUCAUUUAUUGAAAAACCAGAAAUAUCUCAACUGCACACAUUUACUCUCUCCUAUUAAAUGAUCCACUCAGUCAAUUUUUCCAAAGUUCAGUUUCACUUCCGUUUCCAAACAUGUGUCUUCUUCAUCUUCUUGUUUUCUAUUUCAUUCUGGUAAUUACAGCCUCAUCCGCAGUUGCCGGAGCAAAUUGCAACCGGGUUUGUAAAGGAAGUGUUGUUCGUUACCCGUUUGGAUUCUCGGACGAUUGUAAAAUUCGUCUUAAUUGUUCAAACACCGGUGAAGUUCAUAUCAAAGGACACCGGGUUGUUAAUUUAACUAGAGAUCAUAUACUGCUCAACUUUUCACCAAACUGCAGCCGCCCGGUUAAUAAUAUUAAUGUAUUCACUACCAAAAACUACGCUCUCACUAGACGUAAUGGGUUGCUGUUGGAUAACUGUAGCCACACAUUGAACGAAUGUGUGGUCUCAACGGGUUUAAUCCAGGGUCACUUCAACUCACCAAUAUGCAGUAACCCAGCUAACAGAAGCUUAAGUUGUUACUCAGACGAUUAUAACAUUAACAAUGGAGUGGAGUUUAUGAAUUUGACUCGAUUGGAGAAGGCGGGAUGUAGGGGUCUGUACUCGUCUAUUGUUGUCGAUUUGGACCCGAACGUUAGACAGAGGUCAUCGGUGUCGAUGGGGUUUGAGUCGGUUGAAUUGGGAUGGUGGAUCCAAGGGAACUGCAGUUGUCAUCGAAAGGCGGUUUGUGCGAAUGUGUCGUCGAUUGAUAAUAAAAGGAUCGGGUAUCGAUGCCAUUGUUUUGAUGGAUAUGAUGGAGAUGGAUUUGUUCAUGGUGAUGGGUGCAGGAGAGUGUCAAAGUGCAAUGCUUCGAAAUACAUGUCUGGUGAAUGUGGUGGAACGACAAGAGUAGCCGUUCUAAUUGGAGGGAUUAUUGUUGGAGCUUCUUUAGUGUCUACAAUCGUGCUUAUCUGUUCCUGCAUCCGAAACCGAAUAAAUUUAAGAAAACACAAGAGUGCAAAACGGCUGCUUUCAGAGGCUACAGGGAGCUUAAAUGUACCAUUCUACCCCUACAAAGAAAUCUCACGGGCUACAGACGGUUUCUCUGAGAAACAAAUGUUGGGUGUAGGAGCUUACGCAACGGUUUACGCUGGAAAACUCAGUAAUCAUGAAUGGGUUGCCAUUAAAAAGAUUAGACAUAAAGAAACACAUGGAAUUAAUCAAAUAAUGAAUGAAAUCAAGCUUCUGUCGUCUGUAAGCCACCCGAAUCUCGUACGCCUUUUAGGAUUUUGUAUCGAAGAAGGUGAACAAAUCCUCGUGUACGAAUUCAUGCCAAACGGUACCCUAUCUCAGCAUCUACAAAGAGAAAGAGGAAACGGUCUUUCAUGGAUAAUGCGGCUAACCAUUGCAACUGAAACCGCACAAGCAAUUGCUUAUCUUCAUUCCGCUAUGAACCCGCCUAUUUAUCAUAGAGACAUAAAAUCCAGCAACAUACUUUUGGAUUAUAGUUAUAGUUCAAAAGUUGCGGAUUUUGGUCUAUCUAGGCUCGGGAUGCUUGAUGAGUCGCACAUCUCGACUGCACCUCAAGGGACACCUGGCUAUGUGGACCCACAAUACCAUCAAAACUACCACCUUUCUGAUAAAAGUGAUGUUUAUAGCUUCGGCGUUGUUCUCGUAGAGAUAAUCACGGCUUUAAAAGUGGUUGACUUGUCAAGGCGUAAUAGUGAAGUCAACUUGGCGGCUCUUGCGGUUGACAAGAUUGGGAAAGGUCGUGUGGAAGAAAUAAUAGAUCCGUUUUUGGAACCAAACAGGGACGCGUGGACAACUUCCUCGAUCCACAAAGUAGCUGAGCUGGCGUUUCGGUGCUUAGCGUUUCACGGGGAAGUGAGACCUUCAAUGACCGAAGUUGCCGAUGAGUUGGAACAGAUUAGACUCAGUGGGUGGGCCUCAACCGACAGUUAUAUAACCAAAGAUAAAGAUAAUUCGCCUGUGACGGUGCAGGAGGGGUGGGCAAGUGAGCAGAGCUCACCGUCAACCAGUAGUUUGUUAAGCAACGUCGUCCAGUGAACCCUGAAUUACGUUUCUCGUUUAUAGCAUGAGUUCACAUGAAGCAUCGUGUAAAUAUUAAUAUUAUGCAUAUGAUCUCUUGUUGGUUUCGUUCAAUUAUUUGUGUAACUAGGUAAUCAAUUUUGGCUUCCAAGUAUCUGGCGUUUUUAUUGGUUAAACCGAAGAAUAUUUAUAUAAACAGCAGACUUAUAUAUACAAGUACAACAACAAUGCCCGAGGAAAAUAGUCAUUUUCAACAACAGGUUCCCACACAUGUUGCGAUUUACCGAUGAUAACGAAGUUUUGGUGAGCUAUAAAUAAAGAAUAAUCGCGUGCGGAAUAUAGAAACAAGUACAAUGUGUUACAGGGUGGUGUGCUAGAGCUGCGGGAAGUUCGGGUGGGGAGGUUGUGGCGAGCAUGUGAAGUUGGUGUAUGGGGGUAUAGAAAAGGGUAAGCAUUGUAUGUGUCGGUCGUGGCCUGGGGUUGUAGUUUCUUCAUCUGAGACGGCUUUGGCUACUGCAUCUGUUGUGGCAGCUACUGCUACAUCUACUGCAGGAUAGAUUGAUGGUUAUGAAAAGUGGAUAAAAAGGAAUUGUAACGUUGGAAGAGGACGUGUUUCGUGUCGUUGGUUUAUCAUUUUUGUUUUGUGAAAUGUAAAAUAACAUUUAAUCAAAUAAAACUUUCGGUAUGAAUAUGUAACCGGAGAUGUGUAAUAUAUGCUAAUAUUGUUUCGCU